AGAUGUGUGUGUGUGAUGUGGAGAGCAGGUCGGGCUGAAGACACAUAUAAUUCCCGCACGCAGCCACUUGUGACGAUGGCGGCCGCUGAGGUGGAUGUCUUCGCAAAUGAAGAAAAGCGAAACCUGGAGCUCGGCGGCCAUGUGGGCUUCGACAGCCUUCCCGAUCAGCUCGUCAGCAAAUCGGUCGCGCAGGGAUUCUGCUUCAACAUCCUCUGUGUCGGCGAGACGGGGAUAGGCAAGUCCACGCUGAUGAACACUCUCUUCAACACGACCUUUGAAAAUGAGGAAGCCAGCCACUACGAGCAGGAAGUGCAGCUACGCCCACAAACGUACAAUCUGCAGGAGAGCAACGUCAACCUCAAGCUGACCAUCGUGCACACCGUCGGGUUUGGAGACCAGAUCAACAAAGAACAAAGUUUUAAGCCCAUCCUUGAGUAUAUUGACGCCCAGUUUGAGCGUUUCCUUGAAGAGGAGCUAAAGAUCAAGCGGUCCCUGUUUAACUACCACGACACCAGAAUCCACAUCUGCCUGUAUUUCAUCGCCCCCACCGGACAUUCGCUCAAGUCCCUCGACCUCGUCACCAUGAAGAAACUGGACAGCAAGGUGAACAUCAUCCCCGUCAUCGCCAAGGCCGACACGGUUUCCAGGAGCGAGCUGGACAAGCUGAAGAUCAAGAUUAUGAGUGAGCUGGUCAGCAACGGAGUGCAGAUCUAUCAGUUUCCAACAGAGGACGAGGCGGUGGCAGAGAUCAACUCUUCCAUGAAUACUCACCUUCCUUUUGCCGUGGUUGGGAGUGUGGAGGACGUUAAAGUAGGAAAUAAGAUGGUAAAAGCAAGGCUGUACCCCUGGGGAUCAGUGCAGGUGGAGAAUGAGAGCCAUUGUGAUUUUGUGAAGCUGAGGGAGAUGCUGCUGCGCGUGAACAUGGAGGAUCUCCGGGAACAAACACACGCUCGCCACUACGAGCUGUACCGCCGCUGCAAGCUGGAGGAGAUGGGCUUCAAGGACACGGGCCCUGACAGCCAGUCGUUCAGCCUUCAGGAGACCUAUGAAGCUAAGCGGAGGGAGUUCCUGGUGGAGCUGCAGCGCAAAGAGGAAGAAAUGAGACAGAUGUUUGUUAACAAAGUCAAGGAGACUGAAGCAGAGCUGAAGGAGAAGGAAAAAGAGCUCCAUGACAGGUUUGAGCAGCUCAAGCGGAUGCACCAGGAAGAGAAGAAGAAUCUCGAGGAGAAGAGACGAGAGCUGGAGGAGGAGAUGAACGCCUUCAACAGAAGAAAGGUUGCUGCUGAGACUCUGAUGGGACAGGCGCUUCAAGGUUGCUCACAACAGCCGUUCAAAAAGGACAAGGACAAGAAGAAUUGAUUAGUGGACCAAACGUCCAGGAACACCAGGAAUGUGUGCGUCGUCAGCAUGGGGGGAAAGGAGACUGUCAUGUCUGACAUUACUUACUGACACUGUAUGUGGACUGACUGUGUGAGCCUGAAUACUGUGAAGGCUACGAGCCACUGUGUACUUACGGAUCACAAAGGUAGCUUUGCUCGGUGUGUUUGAUUUGUCUCCUGAUGCUGACUAUGCUCGACACAUGAUAACAAAUCCAGGGCCUGUUUUCAUAACAUGUAGCUUCUGUUAUUUUAUGUUCUUGCCAUGAAUGUGUGUUCAUCUCCAGCCAUGUAUAUGAGUCUCUGGUUCUCUGCGAGACAUUAUCAGAACUUCAUAGGAAAAGGAGGCCAGCACCACAUUGAAGGUCGUAAAAUAUCUAUUAAUGUGAAAUAACUUGCUACUAGUUUGUACUGUACUUGAAAAUAUUGUAUAUUUGAUUGUUGGCAUUUAAAAGAAAAAAAUUGUCUGAACACUGUUCUAUGCAAAGUUACAAAGAACAUAGGAGAAUAUUUCUCCAGUAGGUCUGAAAAUAGGCAAAUAUUUUUGCAUUAUUUAAAUUCAAAAUAAAUGCAAAGUUGGAUGAAGAAAUAGAGCAUCAGUUCAUUUGUCAUGUGAACCCAUUCACCUUUCAACAACCUCAGCGCCCCGGUCAUCCAUUACAUCUGAUUCAAAGCAUUUCCUUCCCACUCACAAGUGGCGCUUUUUAUGUAUUAACAAUUUACAAUUUAACAUCUGCUUUUGCUUUGGUCUUCAGUUCAGAGAUAACAACAAAAAAAGUCACUAAAAUCUGCUCUAAAGUAUUGCAUGUCAUGUGUUACUGAGGUUUGUGUCAUGAUGUUAAUACUGGUCAGACUAAUCAAUGACCCGGUUUUUUUCUUUCCUUUUCAUAGCUUCUUUAGUCUUCCAUCUGCGUGCUCCUUAACCUCAGGAAGGAAUUUGAAUUAGAAGACUUUCUACCACAUCAAAAGAUGACAGACUAACAAUCAAGUGUAUUAUUUUUACAUUGUUUGAUAAAGUUUUAUAAAAAAUGAAGCAUCCCUGGAAGUGCGGUACCUCAACCUUCCACGUCUAGGUGGACAUUUGGUUGAGGAAGAGGGGUCUGGACCCAUACCUUCCUCAGAAAAACAGGUAACUGUUAGCCCAUAUAUUUAAAUUUGCGGAUUUCCCCCCCCCAAAAAAAAUUGCCCUUGAGAAAUGUUUCUGUUUACUUUUCCUCUCCCAACACUGACAAGGAAUUUCCUCCCUUGAUGUCUACUAAACUGUCCUUCAGCGGCACUCUGUAGCAUGGUCUUUGCAUGGCUCCUAAAUGUCAUCUUUCAAGUAUUAAAAGAUACCCUUUGCCAAAAUCUUCUGUUUGCCAUGUUAUGCCUGUAGUUUAAGACUGAUAACAGUUCACACUGUGAGAUAUAGAGUAAUCUAUUAUAUGCUGUUAAAGAUUGUUCAGUGAAUCAUAUUAUGAUUUAGAAGCACUUUAAUCAUAGUACAAAUACUAUAUUUAAUCAUGUGUAUCAUCAUAUAUUGUGUCUUGUCAUACAUACAUGUGUCUGUAAUAUUUAGAUAAAGGCAUUUCAUAGUUUACACUGCAAAGUCUAUAUAUUCUCUUACAUGGAAAAAUCCCAGAUGUAUGUAAAUUAAGGAUUAGCUCUCCUAAUGUCCGUAUAUCUAUAUGGUGGGUCUGUGUGGACACUUGCAGAUUUGUAAAUCCUAAUAUAAUAAAGACUUUAUUGAAAAUGUG